AACAUAUAUACAGCUACGAUUUAUUUAAAGUAUAAGAAAUGACACAGGCACAAUUUUCAUUGUCAUGGGAUGCUCACAAGAAAAAUAUAUGUUCUGGAUUAAGCUCUUUGCAACAGAAUGGAGAGUUUGUGGAUAUGACAUUAGCGGCUGACGGUCACCUUGUUAAAGUGCACCAGGUGAUAAUUGCCCUCGCCAGUCCCUAUCUUAAAGAACUUAUUACUUCAGCAGAAUGUCCACAUCCUGUUAUAUUUCUUAAUAAAUUCUCCUAUGCUACACUAUCAGCAGUGCUGGAAUAUAUCUAUACAGGAGAGGUCCUGGUCUCUAUUGAAAACCUGUCUGAACUCAUAGAAGCUGGCAAAGAGCUGCAUAUCAGAGGACUUGAAGACAUGAAACUACAUCAAGCAGUAUCUUCGCAUCAGAGAGAUAACAAUGAGUUGGUAAUAAACACAAAAGAAGAAUCAAUUGAUGAUGAAAUAUGCUACUUUGAAAUAUCCGAGAAACCUAUUGAAGAGAAAUCUACUAUUUAUUCAACACAUGACCCCAGUAUGGAAGAUAUAACCAGAACAGAAAGCAUGGACGAACACAUAGACGAUACAUUUGAGGAAGCUAUGCAGCAAGAAGAAGACAUUAUGCACGUAGAAGAAGUAGACAAGAACAAAUCAAUAAAAACUGUUGACAAACCUGCAGAGAUAAGUGUAAGCAGAAAAACAGUGACAAGUCCUACUAAUUUACCUAAUGUAAGCGUGAUGCAGUAUACAGUAUCGAACCAAGGCAACCUGCAGAUAAUCUUGAACCGGUUCAUGUACUACCUAAAACAUACGAACCGCGACGGUGCACGGCAGUGGCGCUGCGUAGACUACCUCAGCCCCAGUCGGUGUCCCGCCGUUGCUAUUACUAAGGACGACGUUGUUAUGCAAAGGAUGUCAGCUCACACGCAUCAGUUUCACGACAAAAAGAUCCUAAAGAAGGUGCAAGCUGGUGCGAUUUUCACGGCUAUACACGACGCAGAAGCCGAAGGCGCUAGUAAGAAAAACGGAAAAGCAGUUGAUAAUGUCAGCGAAUAAAAUGGUUUUACAAAAUA